UAUAAAUCCUCCUGUUCACUUCGGAUGAGACGAGUCCUGCACCGUGUGUGUGAUGUGUGAUAUUUUCAUCUCUCUCUGGAGCUAUUUUAGGAAAUAUUAGAGAUUUUGGUGCUAAGUGAGCGUAAUGUACGGUUUAACACGUCCUCCUGUAGUUGUGAUGUGGACCGUGUGAAGUGAUGAAACGUGGAGUUAGUGAACUUUUCGCAUCUUUCACACUUCCUGUCCAUCGGAAAUCCAGGAUCGCUCUUUGCUUCGCUGUAAAUAUUUUGUAAAAAAUGGCCGACCCUUAUCAAAACAGCUAUCACCAUGGCGACGGUUACCAGGCCGAAUAUCAAGAGGACGAAGACGCAGCGAGCGAUGUCACUGAGGGUCAUGAUGAGGACGACCAGAUGUACGAGGGUGAGUAUCAGGGCAUCCCGCACCCGGAUGAGGUCAAAGCACCUAGGUCAAAGGUCAAACUCCGUGCAGAUCCGGAUGAAGACGACAGUCUGGCGGAGCAGUAUGAGGAGAUCAUCCAGGACUGCGGACACGGACGCUUCCAGUGGAGUCUGUUCGUGGUGCUGGGCUUGGCGCUGAUGGCCGACAGCGUCGAGUGUUUCGUCGUGGCGUUGGCGCUUCCCAGUGCAGAGAAGGACAUGUGCAUGUCUAAUGCAGAGAAAGGCAUGCUGGGUCUGAUCGUUUUCCUGGGAAUGAUGUUUGGAGCGUUCGUUUGGGGAGGAAUGGCUGAUAAAGUGGGACGACGGAAAUGUCUGAUUAUCGCUCUGACCAUCAACUGCAUUGCUGCCUUCCUCUCAUCCUUCUCUCAGGGAUAUGGGUUCUUUAUCUUCUUCAGACUCAUCUCUGGCUUCGGUAUCGGUGGCUCCGUCCCGAUCGUGUACUCGUAUUUCUCAGAGUUUCUGCAGAUGGAUAAGAGAGGAGAACAUCUCAGCUGGCUUUGUAUGUUCUGGAUGAUUGGUGGAAUUUAUGCUUCAUUCACUGCCUGGGGCAUCAUCCCUCACUACGGAUGGGGUUUCAGUAUGGGUUCAGAGUUUCAGUUCCACAGCUGGCGUGUGUUCGUGUUGGUCUGUGCUCUGCCGGCCGUCUGCGCUCUUAUCGGCCUCAGCUUCAUGCCUGAAAGUCCACGUUUUUUGCUGGAGCACGCUAAACAUGAUGAAGCCUGGAUGAUCCUGAAGCACGUUCACGACACUAACUGGAGAGCGAAAGGAGCACCGGAGCGAGUGUUCACCGUUUCUCAGAUCAAAACUCCAAAGACUCAGGAGGACGAGUUUUUUGAGAUUCGGACCUCCACAGGAACGUCUCUGCAGAGAUGGGCGGUUCGCACCGUGACUCUAAUUAAACUGGUGUUGAAGAACGUCUUGUCUCUCUUAUCUCACGAUCUGAGACUGUCUACCCUGCUCAUGGCUGUUAUCUGGUUUACGAUGGCCUUCAGUUAUUACGGCUUAGCUGUGUGGUUCCCCGACAUGAUCAAACACCUCCAGUAUGAAGAGUACGAGUCCAAGGUGAAGAAUUUCCCCGGAGAGAGAAUCGAAAACUUCCACUUCAACUUUUCUCUGGAGAACCAAAUCCACCGAGACGGAAAAUACAUCAACGACAAGUUCAUCAGCAUCAAGAUGAAGUCCGUCACGUUUGAGGAUUCGCUCUUCGAGGACUGUUAUUUUGAAGACAUCAGUUCUACAGACACAUAUUUUGAAAACUGCACCUUUAGAUCCACCACCUUUUACAACACAGAUCUGUACAAGGACAACUUCAUCGACUGCAAGAUGGACAACACGAGCUUCCUGCACCCAAAAAAGGGCUGCCACCUGAACGUGGAGGAGGAGAACGAUGUCCUCGUUUACCUGGUCAGCUUUCUGGGAAGUCUGGCUGUGCUUCCAGGGAAUAUAAUUUCAGCGAUGUUCAUGGAUAAGAUCGGGAGAAUUAAAAUGAUCGGAGGCUCCAUGAUCAUCUCCGCCGGCUGCACCUUCUUCCUGUUUCUGAGCUUCAGUCAGUCAGCCAUCAUCGCCCUGCAGUGUCUGUUCUGUGGCGUUAGCGCGGCGGCGUGGAACGGCAUCGAGGUCAUCACCGUGGAGAUUUACCCCGCCUCUAAAAGAGCUACAGCAUUUGGUGUCCUAAAUGCAUUGUGUAAACUGGCGGCCAUCAUGGGCAGUUCCAUCUUUGCCUCAUUUGUGGGAGUCACUAAAGUCAUCCCCAUCUUCCUGUCCUGCACUGCACUGCUGUGUGGAGGACUGUUGGCUCUCAAACUGCCCGAAACCAGAGAGAAUGUUCUGCUGUGAUGAGAGAACAACACACACACACACACACACGCGCACACACACACACACACACACACACACACACACACACACACACACACACACAGAGGGGGUAGGAAGUCUCUGUCUGAAACACUAGUUGACAAAAAAGUCUCUAGAGAUCAAAAUUGGGUGUUUGUUCUUCCUCACAGCGUCCCGGAGCAUCGCUGUCGAGUUAAAUAAAAUAAUCAGUAAUAAGAUCCUCAGAUUAAGCCUCAAAUCACUUAUUCACACUUUCACAAAACAGUA